AGGAUAGAUGCGAGCAAGUCGACGAAAGGCGCCAGCAAACUUCGAAGGGACCUGAUAAACGCCGAAAUCGCGAAUCUACGUGAUUUGCUGCCGUUACCGCCCUCGACGCGCCAGAGGCUUUCCCAGCUGCAGCUUAUGGCCUUGGUCUGCGUGUUUCUGCGAAAAGCCAACUACUUUCAGCAAGCAUUGAAAAACUGCCCGUCCGAGUCCUCGAAUAUUCCGACACCCAAUAUAGGCUUUUCGAAAGCGAUGUCCGGCUUCAUCAUGAUGAUGACGCAGCAAGGGAAAUUGUUAUACAUAUCAGAAAACGCGGCGGACUAUCUCGGACAUUCCAUGGAGGACUUACUCAUUCACGGGGACAGCGUGUACGACGUGAUCGAUAAGCAGGAUCACAUGGUGGUGCAGAAUCAGUUGUCGAGGAACAGUCCGGUUCCCAGCGAUAGGCGGCUGUUUCUCUGUCGCAUCAACGUGUCGAGAAAUUCCCGCCGGCAAUUGCGCUUCGGGGACCAGAAGGUGGUCCUCGUAGAGGGUCACUUCCUGCCGUUCGUUCCCGUCUGCAACCGCAACGAGUUCGUAUUCCUGGCCUCCUGCACACCAGUGGUCUUGCCGGAGACUCGCGAGAGCAUCGUCCAGGGCGCGACGAACAUCUUCACCACGAUCCACUCGAUGGACAUGAAGUAUCUGCAUAUCGACAAAACCGCGGAAAGUCACCUGGAGUACAGUCGCGCCGAGCUGGUCAACGUGUCCUGGUAUAACAUGCUUCACUGGGACUCCAUAAGGACGGCUUACUGCAAACAUCAGACCGUCAUCCAGUCCGAUCAGGAACGCUCCACGACCGCCUUGCUGAGGCUACAGAGUCGCUCCGGUAGGUGGUUCUGGGUCCACUGUGUGCUGCAGGUCAAGGACACCUCCGACGAGUGUCAGCAUCCCAUUAUCGUUUGCACGAAUCAAGUUCUCACCGACAAGGAGGCGGAGGUGAUGCGCUCGAGUUCGUGGCUGUAUCAGUACUCCUCCCAGACCAAGUUCACCUACGGACUCUGUCCCGGGGGUCAAGGUCGCACUGGCCUGUACCCGUCCGCCGGUAGCAAUCAGCCGCAGGACUAUGUCCGCGCCACGUAUCCUCACGACGCCCAGCACUCUCCGUCGCUACGCGCAGACCACACUGAGACGGACGCCAAGACUGCACAAGCGAUGGACUAUCCCAGUAGACGACUGUUGUUGCGGGACGACGCAGAGCCGGUGGACAUGUCGAUAAGCGGCGUGGAGCAGCAGCACGAGGUGUCAAACCGAGCUGUGCACGGUGCGGUGCACCAGCAGCAGCACACUUUGGACGACCCGGUGAGGUACCACAAGCAAUAUCACAAGAGCUCGCUGCACUUGGCCGGUUACCGAGCCAAGUUCGUGCAGUGCCACGGCCAGUACGCGAGCAGUGCAGACAUGCUGUCGCCGAGUAACAAGUACUACCUUACCGAUCUCGAUCGGGACUACUGCUGUCCCGAGCGUAGCAGCCUGUUGCUGCACAAACGGCCGGCCUCGAAGACGCUCGUCGCGCCGUCACCCUCUGGCCAGGGCACCACCGCCGCUGCUGGCGGCUCGACCGCCGAACCGUCCGAGAGCGCGACCUUGGAGAGCUGGGGCGCCAGUCCGGCGUGGUCGGACGCGCUGCAGAGGGUGCCGGACGUGGUGCACCAGGAGCUGAGCCCGUACAUCACCACACCCACCACGCCGGUCAACACACCCGACUCGGAGCUGCACUCGGACGCGCCGAUCUUCAAUUUCGACUGGGCCGGCGAGCAGCACGUGCCCAACCUGAAGAUCACCUUCCGCACCGCCGCCGCUGCGGCCGCGGCCGCUGGUCAUCCUGCCCAGACCAGGAAGCACCAGGACGUGCAGCCGAUCACGCUACAGUUACCACGUAGAAAAGGACAGUCCGCGGACGAUGGCAAGGACUUCGCGUCGAAAUGAAGAGCCAGGACUCGCGACUCGACCUUCUACCGCGCGCGCUCGGCGGAACGACGUGGUGCAAUGCGAGGAAACUUGGUGUAGAUAAACGUAUCAGGAUAUCGAUGGAUUAGUUUCCUUCCUUUCUCUUUUUUUUUUCCAUUUCAACGGGAAAUUCUCGUAGGAAUGGGAAAGACGCGCAGGAGAGGACGAUAGGAUCCGUUGUCGUUGCGAAGCGCGAACACGACAGGAGGUGUUCGGAGAGAGUGUCGUAUACGUGCGUAUGCAUUUUGUCACAGACAACGGAGUAUAUUCUUCCAAAUUCUAUCGGUAUCGCCUUACACAAUCUCUAUACGCUCGUUUUUAAUCUUUUUCGCAUCCUUCUCUCUCUCUCUCUCUCCCCCCUCUCUCUCUCUCUCUUUCUCACACACACACACACACACACACGCUCACACUCACCCACUCACUCGUUCUCACAUUCUCGCACACUUUCAUCCCCCCUUUCUCUCCCUCUCUCACACAUUCUUUCUGCUUUGGCGCGUUAUAUAUUCUUGAAUCGUAAAUUUCUCAUUAAUAUAAAACACGUAUAUAAACAUAGACUGAUUACAUCGGUGUUUACAAUAAUCUACGAUUAAAAAAAGUCUUACAUCGUUUUCGUUCAUCUCCGGUAUACGCUUAUGCGAGAACAUUCGUUUGAGAUAAAUUACACGCAUCGUACGCGUAUAUUUCAAGUGUAUGUAUAUGUAUGUAUGUAUGUGUGUAGAUAUAUAUAUAUAUAUAUAUAUAUAUAUAUAUAUAAAUAACUAUUAUGUAUGAAUGUGCAGUGUCGUAGAGGGUACCCAGGUACAUGCGCUAUAUAUGUCGAGGAUUUUCCUUUGAAAAAUACCUAAAUCUUACGUUUAACAUACGAACGUGAAAUAUUCGCUUUGUACAUUUUAACGCAUUCGACGAAGGAAAGUUUCUUUGCGUGUGUCGUGUUUUACAUUUACCGUCUCGACGUGAUACUACGGAAAUAGAUAAAUAAAGAGAGGCAGUUGUAAUCGUUAGGUAGCAUAGCAAUAGUAGCAGCGGCGGCAGCAACAGCAGCUUCCACCGAUUUCGCAUACGUCUCUUCAUCGUGUUUUAACGCGCGACGAACAUCUUCAAACAAUUAUCGACGUCUCGAUCGCGGGUCCAACGCUGACCAGGAAGUUGAUCGUGUUUUCGAUUAAUUCUCGUACGCGAUCUGUAAUUUAGUCGCGACUCACACACACCCCUCGACACGUCCUAAUCUACGCGCGCGGUUACGGAUCUUUUAUUAUUAAAAAUAACGAAAAAUAAAUAAGUAUAAAUAAAGUAUUUUACGCAGAGAGUAUAUCUCCAAUGCGAAACCGAACUUUGAAGAUAUGUUCUGGUGUUGAAAUAAGUGAAAAUAAAGAUUUUGCAUACAAGUAUAGAGACGGGAGGACGCUUUCUCUUUUGCGAACCUGAAGUUACGACUUUUUUCACAAAAUAGUUAGAUCGAAAGGUACGAAGUUUACGUGUGUAGCAUCUGCUUCCGCCUCAAUGCUCCCGCGUCGUCGUAUCGAACGACGUCUCCGACAUCAUUUCGAAUUUCACGUGUGUCUAGACGCCCGCGCUCUCGAAAUCGCGAAUUCAACAACAAGAGUGUGUUUUUUAAGUAUCGGAAAAAAAAAAGGAGAGAGAAGAAU